AUGGGUAGAGUUAGAACCAAGACCGUCAAACGUGCCUCCAAGGCUUUGAUUGAACGUUACUAUCCAAAGUUGACCUUGGAUUUCCAAACUAACAAGAGACUUUGUGAUGAAAUUGCAACUAUCCAAUCCAAGAGAUUGAGAAACAAGAUUGCUGGUUACACUACUCAUUUGAUGAAAAGAAUCCAAAAGGGUCCAGUUAGAGGUAUUUCUUUCAAAUUGCAAGAAGAAGAAAGAGAAAGAAAGGAUCAAUACGUCCCAGAAGUCUCUGCUUUGGACUUGUCUCGUUCUAACGGUGUUUUGAACGUUGACAACCAAACCUCUGACUUGGUUAAAUCUUUGGGUUUGAAGUUGCCAUUAUCUGUCAUCAACGUUUCCGCUCAAAGAGACAGACGUUACAGAAAGAGAAACUAA